UGCAGGUUCUCCCCAGCAGUGUCCUCUUAACCUUCCAGCGGCAGCAGCGCAACAGCAGAAUCUCCUGCCUUGUUGCUUGCGGUGCCUGCUUGAGUCUUUAGGACGAUGGGCGGUCGAAGGUCGGAUGGGAACGUUUCACCCAUUGUAGAUUGUGUCCUGUCUUCUGGAGUUUGGUGAGAGACACUUAAGAUGACCCGUGUGCCUCCUGGCAUGUAGAUGGCGGCUAUGGUCAGGGAUGCUGUGGUGUGGUACCAGAAGAAGAUUGGCGCUUAUGAUCAGCAGAUAUGGGAGAAAUCGGUAGAACAGAGAGAAAUCAAGGGUCUCCGCAACAAGCCAAAGCGGACGGGCCACGUGAAGCCGGACCUCAUCGAUGUGGACCUCGUGAGGGGCUCCGCGUUUGCAAAGGCCAAGCCCGACAGCCCGUGGACCUCGCUGACUCGGAAGGGCAUCGUCAGAGUGGUCUUCUUCCCAUUUUUCUUCCGCUGGUGGAUCCAGGUGACCUCCAGGGCCAUCUUCCUGCUGCUGCUGCUCCUGUACCUGCUUCAGGUGGUGGCGGCCGUCCUCUUCUUCUCCAUCCGACAGACGCACGGUGUGCCCGUCACGGAGGUGUUUGGUGCGCUCUGCUUCAUGCUGCUGCUGGGCACGGUGCACUGCCAGAUCGUCUCCACCCGGACACCCAAUCCCCCCCCCUAUAGUGGAAAGAGGAGAAGGAAGUUGAGGAAGGCUGCUCACUUGGAGGUGCAUAGGGAGGGAGAUGGCUCCAGCAGUACCGAUAACCCCCAGGAGGGAGCGUCACAGGGUCAAACGUCAACAACCAGCCGCAGUCUCAGUGCUCUUCUGAGAGAGAUCUGGCAGUUCUUCAGUAUAGGGACCAAGAAAUCCAAGAUGUCCAUCGGCAAGUACAAGGAAACCGCUGGUUAUGUGUCCCUGGGUGCUGAGGUGACCGGAUCGGGGCUGGAAACACACGUGACCCCGUGCGACCUCCUGCGUUUUGAGGAGACGAGCUGGCGGGCCCCGUCGUCCCGGAAUGCAGCGUCGCGGUUUACACCCCCAAAGAAGCCCCCUAGUCCCCGCCUAGUGGAGAACGUGUCCGAUGAGGCCUCCAGCGAGGAGGACCCCGAGGCGCCCUGUGGAUCUGCCCGCCGGGGGACCGAAUUUGUGAACGGUGACAUCACGCUGCGCUUCAGGAAGCCCCUGAACUGCAGGAAGCCGUACAGCACAGAGGAAACAGCGCGGUCUGGUACCAGCGGCAGCUCCCGGCGCUCCAGCCUCCGCCAGGACUCCGGCAGCGCCCGGCCCGAGUCCGAGACGGAGGACCUUCUGUGGGAGGAUUUUCUGCACUGUGCCGAGUACCGGUCGUCCUGCAGCAGCGACAGCGAGCGUGACGGCCCCGCCCACAAGAGGGAGUACCGGGACGACCCCUUCCACCAGGGCCACGCCCCUUGGCUGCACUGCCCCAGCCCAGGCCUGGAGCGCGUGAGCGCCAUCGUGUGGGAGGGUAACGAGUGCAAAAAAGCCGACAUGUCCGUGCUGGAGAUCAGCGGCAUAAUCAUGAACCGGGUGAAUCUUUACACCCCUGGAAUAGGAUACCAGGUGUUCGGGAACCUGGUGUCGGUGAUCCUGGCCCUCACGCCGUUCGCGUUCAGGCUCUUCCAGCACGAGGAACCGGAGCAGGUGGCCGCGCUCUCAGCCAACGAGCUGCUCUCCAUCGCCUUUGGCUCCAGUGGCGAGGUGACGGUGAUCGUCAUGGUGACUGUCAGCUUUGUGGUGCGAGCCUGUGUCAUCUGGAUCUUCUUCUUCCUGCUGAGCGUGGCGGAGAGAACCUACAAGCAGAGGCUGCUGUUUGCAAAGCUCUUCGGCCACCUGACAUCGGCUAGGAGAGCCAGGAAGUCCGAGGUGCCCCACUUUCGUCUCAAGAAAGUGCAGAACAUCAAAAUGUGGCUCUCGCUGCGUUCCUACCUAAAGAGAAGAGGCCCACAGCGCUCUGUGGAUGUCAUCGUUUCCUCUGCGUUCCUGCUGACGCUUUCUGUGGUCUUCAUUUGUUGCGCUCAGUUGCUCCAUGUCCACAAGACCUUCCUGGACUGUCACUACAACUGGGAGCUGAUGAUCUGGUGCAUCUCCCUGUCCCUGUUCCUGCUGCGCUUCGUCACCUUAGGCUCCGAGACCAGCAAGAAGUACAGCAACACCUCCACCCUCCUGACAGAGCAGAUAAACCUGUACCUGAAGAUGGAGAAGAAGCCUAACAAGAAGGAGGAAUUGACCCUGGUGAACAACGUUCUGAAGCUAGCCACCAAGUUGCUGAAGGAGCUGGAUACACCUUUUCGGCUGUACGGUCUCACCAUGAACCCUCUGCUGUACAACAUCACCCAAGUGGUGAUCCUGUCGGCUGUAUCUGGGGUCAUCAGUGACCUGCUGGGGUUCAACCUGAAGUUGUGGAAAAUCAAAUCCUGAUGUGGAGUAAAAAAUCAAAUCCUGACAUGAAGCUACAGGAAUCUGGAGGGUCCUUUCAUCAGAGGAGAUCAAGUUCCUCCAAGCUGUGAGGCGCCGCGCUGAGACUGACUGGCAUAUCCCCAGAUUUUGUUUCUCGUUUUUUUUGUGCAAUCCUGAUAUUUAUUUGAACAUUUCACUGCUUUUUUUUUUUAAGCAAAAACGUGUGUUUCCAGUGUUUAAGUAUUAUUUUAGCAAGAACUGUGGCUUGUCAGUAUGAGGUAUUAUUCUAUUCAUUUGCUCUGAGUUGUUCAGAUUAUUGAAUUUAGCAGCUGGUGGCUGUUUCAAACACCUUCAAAGGCUGAUUUCCACUUGGCGCAUUGUGCAAAAGGUCAAGGGCUGGUUAGGCCCGCAAUCUUGGACCAGCCUGUAACCAUGGCGACCGCUCCAGGAGGUUUACGACGCGGGGCUCAGAAGCCUGCGAAGGCAGCCUGGGUGGGGGGCGGGCAGUAUGGACGUGGCCGUUUCCGUGACACCUAGGUGCUGUGACAGGACAUGGUGGUUCCCCUGUGUGCCACUCAUGGUGCGUAGGACACAAAUCUGCAUCCUUAUGCUGUUGCUUUAUGAAAAUUUUAUACCUUUAUUAUUAGUAUUUCUAUACUUAUUAUUUCUUUAACAGGUGUUUGUUUAAAGUGAUGUUUGUCUUUUUUUUUGUUUGUUUGUUUGUUUGUUUGUUUGUUUGUUUGGAUGGAUGUUUUCUGAAGUACCUGUUUUGAAGCUGAGUUUUUCAUCCAGGUUUGACCUUUUUUUGUCACCAGUGGUGUUUCACCACGUCACCUGUGACACAAUUGUAUAACUUGCUUGACCAAGUGGCCACUGGUCAGACAAAAAGCUGUUUCAAUUUCUGACAGUAGUCAUCAGAAAAUGGAUUUUUAGCCAGGCUUGGGCUCUCGGUGUGUUUACUUGGCCUGGUAGUGUGCACUUUAAAAAGAAAUGUUACCUUUUUUAUAAUGGGGGGAAAAAACCUGAUCAGAAUCAUAGCUUUUCUUUUCAUGUUUGCUCGUCGUUGUGACAGAGACCAAAGGGCAUUUUGCUAAAAAAAAAAAAAAAAAAAAAAANAAAAAAAUAAUGGCGUAUGACUUUGUUUGUUCGUUUCUUAAGCAUGUUUUUGAGUAUUAUGGUUCUUUCAUUGAAAAUGCUUGGAAGCGUAUUCCUUCUUUUUUAAUUAUUUUUCCCCCCAUAUAAUUAUCCACAAUGUUACAUUGUAGACAUAAGAACAUUUGCAUAAAAAUGUUUUGGGGGGAAUAACUGAAUUGUUUUAUUUAAAAUGAGACUCUCCAUUGCUCUGCAUAUUUAAGUUUUCAUUCCUUCCUUUGGAAAUGAUGUGAUGUUUCUGUUGUAAAUGGCUGUUACAGAUUUUUGUACAGUAUAGGGAUUGUGAAGUAUUCUUUAAUCCAGUAUACUAAGAAAUAUGUUACAGGCUAUGGCUUCUGAACAAGAAAUCUGACCAUAACUAUGUUUGGUUCCCAUGACUUGGUGUAACAUGUGAAUUGUGUUUCACACUCCUGUCAUUAAAUACUCGUGGCUGACA